AUGGAGAAUGAUUUUAAGAUUGACUCAUCAUCAUCUACCUUUGCUCUUCAAAGUUCUUCAGAGACAUUGUUUUCUAUUCAGCUAUUAGAUUUCAGAACUAGUUUAUUGGAAGCAUUAGAAGAAUUACGUAUGCGAAGGGAAGCAGAAAUUCAAUAUGAAGAGCAGAUUGGUAAAAUUAUUGUGGAGACCCAAGAACUUAAAUGGCAAAAUGAAACUCUUCAGAAUCAAAAGGAAACAUUAACAAAGCAACACAAAGAAGCAAUGGCAGUUUUUAAAAAGCAGUUGCAAAUGAAGAUGUGUGCCUUGGAAGAAGAAAAGGGAAAAUAUCAACUUGCUACAGAAAUAAAAGAAAAAGAAAUAGAAGGAUUGAAAGAAACAUUAAAAUCAUUACAGGUUUCUAAAUAUUCUUUACAGAAGAAAGUGAGUGAAAUGGAACAAAAACUCCAGUUACAGCUUCUGGCUAAAGAAGAUCAUCAGAAGCAACUGAAUGAAAUUGAGAAAUACUAUGCCACAAUAACAGGGCAGUUUGGAUUGGUAAAAGAGAGUCAUGAAAAGUUAGAACAAAAUGUACAGGAAGCAAUACAGUUAAACAAAAGACUUUCAGCUUUAAAUAAAAAACAAGAAUCUGAAUUAUGCAGUUUAAAAAAGGAACUAAAAAAAGUAACCUCAGACUUGAUAAAGUCCAAAGUCACAUGGCAACAUAAGAUGGGAGAAGAAAACAUCAAUUUAACAAUUAAAGAACAAAAAAUUCAGGAACUUCAAGAAAGACUCAACAUGGAAUUGGAAUUAAAUAAGAAGAUUACAGAAGAGAUUACUCAUAUUCAAGAAGAAAAACAGGAUAUCAUCAUUUCUUUUCAACAUAUGCAGCAAUUACUCCAGCAACAGACCCAAGUUAAUACUGAAUUGGAAGCAGAAUUGAAGGUGCAAAGAGAAAAUAAUCAGACCCUUGAAAGAGAUAAUGAGCUGCAAAGGGAGAAGUUAAAAGAAAAUGAAGAAAAGUUCCUUAAUCUUCAAAAUGAGCAUGAGAAAGCACAAAGAACUGGGAAAAAGCAUGUAGGUAUAUUAAAUACUUAAAUAUUUUGAAUUGUUGCAGACAUUUAAAAUAACUAUUAAAUGCUAAGGAAAUAUUCAAAAAUAAUGUAGGAAUACUCAGACACAUUUUCUUCUUGCACUUAUAUUUCUAAGAAGUGAAUGCUUUUUAAAAAGCUAAAUUUAAUAAAAUUUCCUAAUCUUCCAGAAGUAAAUACUGAAAACAGUGAAAUAUCAAUGGGAAAAUUACAAAACAUCAUACAGAAAUAUAAUUCUAGGCAAGAAAUAAGGGAAGAAAUAAGGGAAGAAAAUACAGUGAGUUUUUGUUUAGAAACUGAAUAUAGAGAAGAGGAGGAAAAGAAAGAAGGACCACUUACAGAAGAAAUCAUUAUAGAAGAUAUACAGCACAUUGAAAAAAUUCCCAAGAAUGAAAUUGAUCCUAGUGUACCUCAAGACGAGAAGCAAAGUGAAAUCUCUAUAAGCAAAACCCUCUGCAUAGAAAAAGAAUUAAUCAGUCAAGGACAAACCUUGAAUGUUACUGACUUUAGAAAAGCAGCUACUACAGAAAUAAAAGACAAGGUGGGCUUGGAAAGAGACAAUGAAUCUACAGAAUUUAAAUCACCAAAUAAUUAUUUUUUAGAGGCAGAUAUAUCAAUGGAAACAGAGAGCAUACACCUAGAAAAAAAUGAAGGAUUCGAUGUUCACCAUGCAGAUUUACAUCUGGAGGUUGAAAGUAACAGAAUAUCAUUUAACAGUGUCUUAAAUGAGAUGGCUCACAGUACAAAUCAUAAAAAAGAUGUUUCUGAACAACAGUUUAGAUUGCUUCCAGAGACUCAAGAAAAUGCCACAAAGAAGAAAAUUACAAACAGUGACCAAACCAAAACAGAUUUGGAUUCAUCUCUGGAUAUAAAAAAGAAUCCUGGUCAGUGUCAAAAAUACAAUUUACAUGACUCAAGUAAUGUUACAUUAGAUGAUAACCCGUAUAAAAUAGAACAAAUACAACUGGUAAAUAAAAAAAGUGAGUGCAGCACACCGCCAUUUAAACAAACUUCAGAUGUUCAGCAAAUCUGUAAGGAUACUUCAGAGAAACCUGGACUAACUAUUCCCUAUGACGUUGCACUUGAAUGCCCCAUUUCAUCUGCAGUUUUCGGUGAUAAUUUGAAAGCAUUUCUUAAGAAUUCAGAUACAAAUGUUAAUAUGAUGCCUAUGUUAGUGAAACCAAACCCAAGCCCUGGGAAAAGAGCUGUAUGUAAAAAUCUGAAUGACAAACAAAGUCCAUUUAAGAACUGUUUGGGAGAUUUAGAAAACAGUAUGAACAUUUCUCAUCUUCAAGUUAACAAUGAGAAUAUACAUAUUUCACAAGCCAAAGAUAGGAAAACUGCUGUUCACAUGAAAACUUCCACAGAAAUGCAGUUUUCCAAUGAAGAGAGUCACGUUGAUGAGAAUCAGUUAACUGAAGCUUCAAAAAAUGACCUUUUCCUGUUUGUGGAUGUUAAUGAAAGACAGCAUACAUUGUUAAAUAAUACUGAAAAAACAGAGUCAUUAAAUGACAUCGUUUCAGGAAAAAUUUACAGUGAAGGACAGCUGGAAGAAUCAUGUUCAUUUCACAUAAAGCCAUCUGGAGAUUUAGUAAACAGAAGUGGAAAGUCAGCCUUUGAUCUUUCAACUUCGGAUAAAAAAACUGAGAAAACUCCAGUAUAUGUGAAUUUUUUAGACCCCAGUUCUUGGUCAACAGUAAAUCAAAAUGAAAGUCAAACAGUGAGCACUUCAAUUUCUGGCAUUCCCUUGUUGCUGAACGAGAGACCAAUAGGUCCCUCAGAAAAUGAAAAGACUGUUUCUAUGACGCUUUGUAAAAAUGUGUGUGUGGAUGAUGUCAGGAAGGAUAUUGGGCCAGAUACUACCAGCAUUAACAGAGUUGCUGACACUUUGAAUAACUCCACUAUCCAUCCAGAUCCCAAGGGAGAGCCCAGUGAAGAGAGGAAUGCAACUGCAAAGACUUUUUAUGAUUCUUCUUUUCCCACAGAACAUGUGAAAACAGAGUCUCUGAAAUCAAAUCUACAAAGCCAUUUUCAGGCUCUCAAGAUUAAAGAUACUACUGAUUUAACUGUGUCUUCUUUUGGUGAAGGUGGCUGGCAGAACCUGGUAACAAAUCAAAUAAAAGAAAGUGAAAAGUUCCUAAGCUUAGAAAAUGACAACCAAUCUAAAAAAAGAAAAGCAGAAGAGAUGUUGACAAAAACAGAUUAAUACUUUCAGUGGUGAAUUAGAGUACUGAUGUGGUUUCGAUUAGAGCAAAAUGACUGUUACAUUUAAAGCUUUACAGAUGUACUCACUUUUCCAA